CGCCCCCUUCACUCGCACACCUGAAAGCUGACUUCACCUCGUGGCCUCUCGCUCCUGCUACUCGACCGUCCGCCCGACGUUCUCACGGUGGAUCCACCGCCGCCCUGUUGACUGCCCAUCUGGCUCUAGGUCGCCCAUACGACACAUCUACUACUGUACCUGGCCAGCAGCCGCCGUCGUCGACCUCCUUCCGCUCCUGCGUUACAGCUUGAGUCCCCUGUGCGAGCCUACCCCCAUCGACCCUUCCCAGGAUCGCGCCCUUCUGGAGACCCUCGGGGAUUAACAACCACAAAGCCACACCUCUUUCCUCCCCCCUCCCCCCCGAAGAAUACCAGCGCUGUCCACCCUUGUACCACCAGGGUGUAACGCAACAUCUGCACGACCACACUUUCGGGUCACUUCAGAUCUCGCCUCCCCGGUUCGCGGGCGACGAGGCGCUCCGACAGUACAAUCUAUCACCAACUGUAAGCCCAAUUUCCCACGUCUUGGACUGGGUAACGCCGAACGCUCUCGCAAACCAUCACCUAGGCGACAUCGAGCGCUGCGUGCAUAUAGCUGCGUCACAAGCAGCCCAAUCGGCACGCAAUCGCCCCCAGCUCGAGCAUCUCUACCCGUCGCCCAAGGCGUUCUCUUCCACGUCGUCGGUCUCUCUGGCUUGAGUACAAAGCCUGCUCGUACCCAGCGACUCGGAUCCUGCAGCAUCAACCAGAUCGACUAUCGAUCUCCAGCCAGACUACACCCAACACCACCACUCGACUCGACGUAAAAGCCGUCGCAGCAACCACCCUCCGUGGCUUUCGUUCACACUCCACCAGGUCACUCCUGGCGGGACGUUAAGGCAUCUUACCACUCAUCACCACCAUUCGUCCAACCGCUUCCGACUCCGCCAGCGGAUUACAAUCAGCCAUUCGGCUUCACCGACCAACAAACCGCAAACGUGGCUGCAGCGGUAGCAUACCCUCCUUCAAUGGGACCUGGACAGGACCAUAUGGCAACUAGCUUCACUGCUCGGCGGCCCAACGCUUCACACCUCCCAGCUUUCGAGCUUCCACCGCCACCACUCAGUCAGAAGUACCAUACCGGCGGCUAUUCUCACAUGAGCAACAGCCAACAUUCAUCUCCUGCAACCACUCUGACUAGUGUGGGCAAUCUCUUGACCCCUCCCAGCAACGGCUCUGUGGACGGCAUCAGCCCCGUAACGAGUGUCCCCCACAGCAACGGUGCAGUGCAGUCGUAUACGUCCAACAACGGGAAUGGCAUGUGGCCACCACAAUCGAACAACACGCCUUACGGAUAUCAGCCGUCAGGAACGCCGCAGCAGUCGUCCUAUCAAGGGACGCGCAGCUUGUUCUCACCGUCCCUGAACUCGAUCAUUCGUGGGAGCAACUCACCCACUGCAAGCGAAGCCCUCCCUCCGCCAUCUUACAACGAUAUGCACCACUAUACCACCUCGAGCAUGGGCAUGCCACAAUCAACGGCGCCUGCGCCACAACACUAUAGCUCCAUGUCCGCUCCCGUCACGCAGGCAUCGCCCGUACACACGCAAGACUCGUUUGCACGGCCACCUCCCACGCCCACGACGUCCUACUAUUCACAUCAGUCCUACUCGACCGGGCCUUCGCCUGUCGCGCAGAGCCCGAUGAGCGGCGGUGGAUUGAGCAAGAUGUCGCCUGUCAACCAGCAAGGCCCCAUACCGUCCCUCCACCACCAGUCUCAGCCACAGUAUGCCCAGCAGCAGCAGUAUCGGCCACCCAGCUAUCAUGGCAUGGGAGGUGCAGCAGUCCUCUCCGGCCACUCGAUGAGCGGUGUGCCCGUCGGCAUGAUACCUCAUUUUAAUAACGGGCAUGCCGCUCAGAUGCACCACAUGUAUGGGCAUCAAGCCCCCAACCCUCAAAACGACAGACCAUUCCGAUGCGAUCAGUGCCCUCAAUCCUUUAACAGAAAUCAUGAUUUGAAGCGACAUAAGCGAAUUCACCUGGCGGUCAAGCCGUUUCCUUGUGGACACUGCGACAAGAGUUUUUCUCGAAAAGAUGCUCUCAAGAGACACGUCCUCGUCAAAGGUUGUGGCCGAGCAGGCGCAACAGACGUCAAGGAGCUCGACGGGACAUCGCCCAAGAGUGACAGCUUAGAGCCAGUGAUGUCGACAACAUGAUGUCGACAACAUUGUGCUCAGCGUAGAGUGUUCUGUUCUUGAAGCGAGUCUUUUUUUCCCUUAUAAAUACCAGCCCUUAUUGUACGAAGACGACCGAUUAUGUUACGACCACAAAACCAGAGGAGAUCCGAGAGCCGGCAGGCAUGGACAGCAUGGCGUUGGGUAUAAUGAAUGGGAGGGCACAUUCGUCCUGUCAUUGGGGGAGCAAUAUUGACGGGCGGGAGCAAGCCCAUGAGUAGUAGGAUGUCGGUUCAUGGCGAGAGCGCUCGACAGGAGGAGGCAUGUGGAAGCAGCAGCUUGCAGCUGGCUGGGUGCAACUGGGGCAGAAGGCUGGGAAGGGUAACCACAGGAGGUACCUUGUCUUACCCUGGGAUUAUCGUUAACACCGACGCAAAGCGUUCCCAGAGUUGAUUUUUCUUCUUGACUCUCCAAUCAUGUCAUCACGUGACACGUCGGGUCAAACCUAC